GUUUCGGCCUGUUACUUAUCAGACAGGGACGCCUGCUAAAGGAUUGUGACGCGAAAGUAAAAUGUCGGACAAGCGCAGUCGACUCCUCAGCAAUGGCGUGUUCCUCGCUGGACACUGCGUGAACGUCGUGUGUACCCUCUACACUCUGAGGGAGGGACAGAAUUCUCUCAAAGACAAGAGAGUGGUCGAAAUGAAGCAGCAGAUGUUCAAGUUCCUGACGAUAUGGAAUGUUAUAUUUCAUAUGAUAUACCUCGUUGUUAAUAUUAUAUGUGAGGCUCAAGAACUGUUUGAAAUUAAAGAUAAAGGUAUACUGAGUCCUUUUAAAGCGGCCAAGCAAGUUUUCUUUGACAGCAUUUUGGUUCCUACCACAAUGAGUAUAUCCUUAGUGUUCUGGCCCAUGUUCUUAUACGAUAGAGAACUCUUAUAUCCAGCCUUUAUAGAUGAUGCUAUAGGCGCCAUAGCCAAUUAUAUGAUGCAUGCCUUCAUAGUACUUGUAGCUGUAUGGGAGAUGAGAUAUAUGUCCCCCAAGGAGAAAUAUAGAGGCUUAUGUCUGAUUAACGUAGGGUUACUAUCUGGUAUUUACAUUGCCGUACUUCUCCAUAAUCACGCCGAAACUGGACUGUUCCCUUACCCCUUACUCUACAUGCUGCACGGUACGAUGUACUUGAACUUAUUGUGGGUGUCUUGUAUAGUGCUGAUAUAUGCGGUGUAUCACGCGCAGUGGCCUCUUAGACGACUGGUCAGUAUACAACACGAGAAAAAGAGGAGAAGUAAUAAAGCUAAAUAA